GAGAUGAACGGAGAGCAGAAACUGAGGUGAGCAGAAACUGAGGUGAGCAAUCUUCCAAACACACCAACAACAGCAAGACUAAAGGCUCAAAGCAAACCUCUCAAAAGACAAGAUGAAGACCAUUCUCUCCAUUGCUCUCAUGGUCCUGGCUCUCUGUCUGGUGUCUGAAGCCCAAGCUGUCAAAGUACAGGAGGGAGACUUUUAUUUCUCACUGGAAUCAGUGAAGAAGCUCCAAGAACUGACAGCAGAGGGCAGCAAUGUAAACAGGAUGCAGAAUCCUCGUCUCACCAGCACCAGCUUUGCCUCUGUCUGUGCUAACCCUUCCCUGCCACAGGAGUUCAUGCCCCUUUGCAUGAAGAGAGGGGCAAGUAUGUCCCUCUCAAGACUAGCUGCUGUGCCUAUGGACAUCUGUGAGAUCUGUGCCUUUGCUGCCUGCACAGGCUGUUAGUCAAAAUAUCAACCUGACGGCCAUCAGAAGACAAGCCACUCACAUUUCUCAUUCUGCAUAUCGUGACAACAAUUUUGAUCUCAUGUUUAAAAUUGCCAUCUUCAGAUGGCCAAAAACAUAAUUGGCUCAAAAAUUCAAAGACUGAUUAAUUGAUGGAGGCUCAUUUUCUAGAAACUGUUACUUUGGAGCAUAUUUAGCACUUAUUUGACUGUUUUCCUUUUAUCAAUUGACUUUUAUUUUGGGGGUUUUGGGUUUGUUACAGUUCUAUCUUACAAGGCUUUGUACUUAUUUAAUGUUCUUUUUGUUUUCAUUGACACAAGUCUUUGGAGUUUUGUAUUCUUUUGUAUGUUUAUGAAUGCCUCAUGUUUAAUAAAAAAGCAUUGAAAAACACA